AUGUCGGGGCGGUCGAGCCGGAUCGCGGUGGUGGCGGAGGACAGAUGCCGGCCCAGCAAGUGCGGCCAGCAGUGCCGCAAGCGCUGCCCCGUCAACGCCACCGGGCGCCACUGCAUAGAAGUUACUCCAUCAUCUAAAGUCUCUCUAAUUUCAGAGGAUCUAUGCAUUGGGUGCGCCAUUUGUGUGAAGGUAUGCCCGUUUAAUGCUAUCCAAAUUAUUAACUUGCCAAGUAGUCUUGACAAGGAGACGACGCAUCGCUAUGGACCAAAUUCCUUCAAGCUUCACAGGCUUCCUGUUCCAAGACCUGGGCAAGUUUUGGGCUUAGUAGGGACAAAUGGUAUUGGGAAAUCAACUGCACUUCAAAUAUUAGCGGGGGUUUUUAAACCCAACUUGGGUAAAUUCACAGUCACCCCAAGUGCGGAUGAAAUUUUGAGGUAUUUCCGUGGAUCUCAACUUCAAAAAUACUUCACUCGUCUAAUGGAAGACAAAAUGAAGGCAACUAUUAAACCUCAGUAUAUUGAUAAUAUUCGAAAAUCUGUUAAAGGGAAGGUUGGGGAUUAUCUUAGUAAGGAAGACCAGAGACAAGUGAAGGACACAUUAUGUGAUAUUCUUGAAUUGAAUCAAAUUCUGGACAGAGAUGUCUCAGAUCUAUCCGGCGGUGAGCUUCAGAGAUUUGCAAUUGCUGCUCGUGCUAUGAAGGAAGCAGAUGUUUAUAUAUUUGAUGAGCCAUCCUGCUAUCUUGAUGUCAAACAAAGGCUGAAAGCUGCAGAAGUUAUUCGUUCCUUGCUACAACCAAAAAACUAUGUAAUUGUUGUGGAGCAUGAUCUUAGCAUUCUUGACUACUUAUCAGACUACAUAUGUUGUCUUUAUGGAACUCCAGGAGCAUAUGGUGUUGUUACUUUACCCUCUUCAGUCAGAGACGGAAUUAACCAUUUCCUAAAUGGCUUUAUCCCAACAGAAAAUUUGCGUUUCCGUGAGGAGAAACUUACAUUUAGAGUCACCGAGUCUACUGAGCAGAUCAUAGAGGGUCAGACUUACCAACACUAUAAGUAUCCUCCCAUGGUGAAAACAGUUCGUGGUUUCAAGCUCUCAGUAACGGAAGGCAGAUUUAAUGAUUCCCAGAUAAUUGUCAUGCUUGGUGAGAAUGGUACCGGGAAGACAACAUUUAUUCGUAUGCUGGCAGGGGAAGUGAAACCAGACAAAGUAAGUGAUGAGCAAGUUGGUAUGCCUGCAUAUACUGUCUCAUACAAGCGUCAGGAAUUGGUCUCUAAAUAUAGCUCUACAGUGAGGGACCUUCUAGAGAAGAAAAUACCUGGAUCAUGCACACAAGCUCAGUUCAAAUCUGAUGUCAUGAAACCACUGAAAAUUGAGGAACUCAUGGACAGGCAGGUUGAAAAUCUUUCUGGUGGAGAGCUGCAAAGGGUCAAACUCUGUGUUUGUCUCGGAAAGCCUGCUGAUAUUUACCUCAUAGAUGAACCAAGUGCUCAUCUUGAUUCAGAACAACGCCUUCUUGCAGCAAAGGUGAUAAAAAGGUUUAUCCUUCACCAAAAGAAAACGGCUUUCAUCGUCGAGCAUGAUUUCAUUAUGGCAGCCUACCUUGCUGACAAGGUUCUCGUAUUUGAGGGAAAACCUUCAGUUGAUUGUACUGCAAAUGCACCGGAAUCCCUGGCUUCUGGAAUGAACCGUUUUCUGUCACAUCUUGAUGUCACGUUUAGGACGGAUCCGACAACCUACAGGCCACGGAUUAACAAGCUGGGUUCGAUAAAGGACACUGAGCAGAAAGCUGCUGGAUGCUACUACUACCUUGAGUAUUAAUAAUGCUUUCGCAAAGGGCACCUCUACUCUGCAAAAGAUCCUUCAGGAUCGGACAGCUCAACAGCUUGGGCGGUACACCCUGCCUGUCUACCGACGCGUACAUACGCCUCUGCCAGUGCUCACGGCAUCCGUCGGACUGCUUUCGCACCUGCCGGACAUGGCUGGCUCGGCAAUACAGGGAAAAGAACAUUAUGAGGUUGCAACUGAAUAUAAGCAGGGAGUACCAUGGCUUGGAAGGUUUAUCGAUGAAAUUUGGGACCAAUCGGUUGAAAUUUCUCCAUGGAUGAUAUUGGUUGAAACAAGAGAUUGCAUCAGGAUCUAUCGCUUGGUGGACCUUAAUAAACAAGAUGGUACAGCCUGAAGAAGCUGUACCACCAGAGUCUCGUGGAACUUCGUAUCAAAUUGAAUCAACUAUCUGGACAGUUUAGUAGCAUGCAUGUGUGUCUUGUGAUUUUAGAAAACUCUAAUGUUCGUUGUGAUUUCUGGGGUUGUGCUUGCUUGCCCUUCAGUCAUCGAGUGAUUUGUCAUACAGGUUUUGUUUCUCUCUGGUAUGUUGCACUAUUAUCUUGCGCGUUCUUAAUUAA